GGCACAAGUCCCGAACGCCGGGGCACGUGCUUUCAACGCCGAGUUCCAUAAAGAGGGGAAGAGGGAGAUUUGGAAUUUCAUUUCUCUGAUAACACAAACUCGCAAGCUAGCCAGUGAGUCCGAAUCCGGACAAUCAUUUUCCGUUGUCGGUCGUCAAGUCCAUUUGUGGUUUUGCUUAAUCUUCACUUUUCAAAUACAUUGAUUUGAUCUGGGGGGGUUUUCUGGGUUUAAAAAAAAAUCCUGUUCAGACAUCAAAUUGCAUACACUGUGUUGAGAUAUCUCUGUCUGUCCUCGUCAAAGACGUCAAAAAGUGACCCACAUUUUCUCAGGACUUAUGCGGAGGUCUGUCCCCCAGGCAAGCUAUUCCCUCUGAUAAAAAAAGCAGUUGUGAAAACAUUCAUUCCUCUGUUCAACCGUGUGCAAAGAAACAAGAAAAUGUUAAAGGUGAACUUGUGCAAAGAAACAAAAAGAUGUCAAAGGUGUUUUGAUUCGUGUAAACCGUGUCCUGCUGUGUCAUCAGUCUGGGCGACAAGGCUGUCUCCUGUACCGAGAACUUCCGAGGAACUUCGAAACAUACCUAACGGGCCCUUUUGAUCGAGCAAAAGGUCAAGAUCCGGGCUCUGAAAAAUUCAGCUUGUCAGCGCAUCGAUAUAACAGCUGCAAUAACGAGGCGUAGUGAAACCAGAAGCGAAAUGAAUUAUUGAAAGUCUAAAUCAAUAGGGUCGUGACAGUCGAGGGCCGACGCGCAGCACUCAAUGAGGGGACCCUGCCACAGACUACAGCCCGCCGCAUCUUACUACUACCAGCGCUCUUCGCGGACUUAGAAACCGUAGCCAGUCGCAACCUGAUUGUGUGCUCCAGUCACUGGUGAUGGUGGUGGUGGCCGUGGCGGUAGCCGAUGCCUCUGUGAAGACGACGAUCCUUGGUGUGACCGGCGCUAUAACCAGCAACUCACCACAACUAGGUAACUUGUACUGACAGACAACCCGUCGUCUCGAACGACUGUGCUGGUGGCCGCCCUCCCGCGGCACGUUCCUGGUCCUUCCUGGUCGGAUCGUGGGCCGACAUCGACGUCAUCCUAGACCGCCCGGUUGUGGGGCCUAUCUCAGUACCCACUGAACCCUGGGUUCUCCGCACCUCAUCCCUCCCCGCCUUUGUUUUUGUUCGUUGGCCGCCGAGCCCUUCAAAUACAGGAUCGUGUUACACUAUUGUAGGAACGUGUUGUGGAUCGGGGGGUGCUGGGUUAUGAUUUCCUCUAUCUAAAUAAUUGCUUUAGAGUACAUGGAUUUAGAGACGACAGACUUCUGAUAUUGUGGCAAAGAGAGAAAAAGAAACCAACCAAGAAACUGGGCCCGGAUUCUGUCAGAAGCGCUCACCAAAUAGUUCUUUCAUGAUGACUUGGUCUUCCGGCUCUGGUGGAGAUAAGUCGCGCCUCUCUCUGUUCGCUCGUUGUGAUGGCUACUGAGGACGUCUUUACAGUGGCAUUUCAAGGCUGACGAAUGAGCAGCUUAGAUCUGUCCGUGCCUCGUUAGAACCUCUGAACCGCGCUGGGAAUUAUUUCAUCUCUGAGAGGAAGCAAACAGGCAUCGACUUUAGAUCACUGGCCUGUUUGACGAAACAAUAUUCCACUCCUGUGCUUUGAGGUGUGCGGGACUUGUUUCACCACCAGGGAACUCUCAUUGUUGAACUGGACUAUAUUUCACCAAGUGCCCGCUAAAGAGAAACUCACAGCACGCCCUCUGAACACGUGGAUAUUUAUUUCACAAGAACACCGUGAGAAGAACGGCACCAUGGCUCCAAUUCACACAGUGCUAUCAUCACAUUCUAUAUUUCUACGAGCAACGAUACAUUUCAUUUGAACCGAGUGCUCACUGCAGGGACAAGCUCCUCUCACCUUCCUUCCCACCGUCUCAAUGUACGGCCCUGGCAUCAGAAUGGAUCGUGUGAACUUCGUACGAACGUUGUCCUCUUGCAGUACCGUCGGCCUCAUCCUUGUCCUUCUCUCAACCACAGUCCCUCCUACAGUUGACUGCAAUGGCACGAUUUCUUCAGCAAUGCUCAAUCAAACGAUCCGAGAAAAAAUCAGAGCCCAGCGGCUACUGGAACAAAUCAAGCAUAAACUAAACACUUCUACGCCGUCCGACAUCUCCGUUAUCUCAGGUAUCCCUCGUAGGCUGCACUCCAGGCCUCAGCACCAGUCAUCCUCGACCAAAUUUAACCUCAACAAUGCCAAUAUUUUGUAUCCCGGAACGGACGCCCAGACACGCUACAAUCAGAGUUGGCCACUGGUCAACCCCAAACCGCCCACCAAAACCGUCCUCCGGCCGGCGAUGCCAUGGAACAGCAUCAUUCCCGCGGUGGGUGUCGAUCGGAAUAUUCUCGCCUUUUCACUGAAAAACGAAACAGUGAGUGGCACGAGGAUGGUCACCAAGAUCUAUCUCUGGCUCUAUGUUUGGAAGCGUGAACGGAAGAAGAAGAUGACGUCGUCAUCUCGUCCCAUUACGUCAUCGGCUUCCUCUUCCGGUCCCUCGGCGCGCGACAUGGCCGCCAAGCGGAGAGGUGCCAGAAACAAGAGACAAAAGAAAGGCAAGAUGAUCAAAAUCCGUGUGUUUUUGUCUGACGAGAACGGCAAGCGGGGGCAGAGGAUAGCGCAGCUGAAGAAAAAAGUGCAUAAGAGUAAAUGGGAGACACUUGGGUUACCCGUGUCCCUUGUGAAGUCGAUUGAAAGCUCAAGUCGGGGUAAUAAACUCUGGUUAAAGGUGGAGUGUAAGCGCUGCACACGGCGCACACAGCUAGUAUUUCCAACCACAUCUGACUCUAAGAAAUGUCGUAGGAACAAGAGAAAGAAAAGGAAAGGGAGAACUAGAAAGUCAUCGAAAGAUAAGAAAUCAAUGAGAAGAUUAAGGAAAAAGUGUGCAAGUGAGGUGGCAGAUUCAAAAAUGUUUCCUUUCAUUGUCCUAGAGGAGAAACCUAUGUCUGCAAAUAGUCGUCCGAAGAGGGAUGUAGAGAAGGAAAACGCUCCUGUUUUUCCGUUCCGUCCCCGAUUCAGGGGAAAACGGGAGAAAGAAAGGUUUGGGUCUCAGCCUGAAAAAAAUACAAGGGCUGAGAUGCAAGCACACAUCGUAAACCAAGAGCAAACUUGCUGCAGGGAACAGAAAGUCUUCAUCGAAUUCAGUGAUCUCAAUCUUGAUGAUGUCAUCGUAGCACCGUCAGGUUUUACCCUCACCACUUGCACUGGCUCGUGCUUUGGUGACGUCACGUCAACGUCAACAAACAAUGUCCAUUCUCUUUGCUCAGGCAAGCAUCCCCAAAACGAGAUGCUUUCAAAUACUGCGUCAGAUGGCCAAAUGGUGACCUCCUUUCCGGCUCAACACAAGACUUUGUCAGCCGAUGACAAUAGCACAAAUACUAGUCACACGUCUCAAAAAAUCCGUCAGCACGUGAGAAACUUUCUCGAGACAGAAGACCCCAACGUGCGUCGUGGACCUCACAGUUUCCUCAGUAUCGUUGCCAGUAGAAAGCGACGCCGCUUGAAGUUGAAGGAGCCGCCCCCUCAAUGCGGGCCUGUUGAAAGACAAAGUUUAGUGAUUGUGCAUUUUACUCAAGACAAUAACUUAGUACAAUCGGAACUGCCAAAUUUCCUUAUUUCAAAGUGUGGUUGCAAGGGCAAUUUGUUACCAAACAAAGGGACGUAAAAAGUUGACCUCUUGGGGCAUGGAGAGAGAGAGAGAGAUAGAUAAAUAGAGAGAGAGAGAGAGAGAGAGAGAGAGAGAGAGAGAGAGAGAGAGAGAGUGAGAGAGAGACAGAGAGGGAGAGAGAGAGAUUUAGUCAGAGUGAGACAGAGAGACUUUUGUAUAAUAUUUAUACGUUAUGAUUAUAUUAUAUCAAACCAUAUUCCAUAAUUUAUUGGUCAUUACAAUGCUCAGGCAUUUCAUUACACUGACCACUGAUCGAAUGAGUAUUGAGUAUUCUUAUGUGUGAUAGAAUUUCAAUGAGGAUUAGGAAUCGGAUAGCCAUGGCGCUUUAUGCUGAUACGUGUUGACUUCUCUUACGACAUAAGAUGCUGGUCUGUUAUAGUUGUGUUGUGCUUGUUUUAAUCAUUGUUUCAUAUGCUAUAUUUGUUAUGGUAAACACAUCUGAGGGUGUUUUUUUUUUCGAAACGUUUGUCCUGUUUAGAAUGUUACCCAUUGCCAGGUAUAGCCAGGGGUGUGUGAAAGUAAGUGGUAUAAAGAUCCAAUCGGUUGUUUUUUAUUUGCUUAGAAAGUUCUGCGAUACAUACAAAGAGAUGGAAAGAAAGAAA